AAAAAAACAAAAAAGAAAAAAAGAAAAAUCAAACAUAAUAUCAACCAAGCUUUAAUUGACUACAAUUUGUAAGGUCAGUAGCGUGUGUGAUGAAUAUACACCAUUCUCUUCUUCUAACUUCCUUCUUCUUAAAUAACCUUACCUAAAAAACCACUCCCUACCUCCAUCCUCAUCCUCAACCUCCUCCUCCUCCUCCUCCAAUGGCAGACUCAUCUGUGAUCCAAAUUCCUCUUAGCACCACAAAGACCACAACAACAGAGCUCAAAGAACUCACCCAAUCACCACCAACCAUAACAACCACAAAGAGCCCAAGCUCAAAUUCAUCCACCAUAGUGAUUGAUAAAACUUUAUCAAGUGCUGCCAACCUAGCAAAACUCCUCCCAUCUGGCACAGUCCUUGCACUCCAAACUCUAUCUCCAUCCUUUGCAAACAAAGGCAACUGCUACACCUCUAACAGAUACCUAACCUCAACUCUCAUCCUUUUCUGCACCAUCUCCUGCAUCUUCUUCUCCUUCACAGACAGCCUCAUUGGCAGCGACGGCAAGCUUUACUACGGCUUGGCCACCUUCAAGGGGUUCUAUGUUUUCAACUAUGUUGGAGAGGAAGAGGACUAUGACAAAGUGUUCAAGGGAUUGAAGAAACUGAGAAUAACUACCCUGGAUUAUGUGCAUGCCUUUUUCUCAUCUUUGGUGUUCUUCAGUAUCACUUUUAGUGAUGCAAGUAUACAGUCUUGUUUCUUCCCUAAUGCUGGAAAGGAUACUAAAGAGUUCCUGGUGAACUUGCCUUUAGGUGCUGGCUUUUUGUCUGCACUUGUCUUCAUGAUUUUUCCUACGUCAAGGAAGGGGGUUGGCUAUUCUGAUGCCACACCUACUCAACAAUAUUGAAGAAAGGUUUUUUUAAGUUACAUUUUAAGGAAUUAAAUUAUUGUUGUGUAUGUGUUAGCUAGUUUUGUGACUCAAGUUAUGGAGACUUUGUAUAAUAUUGUAGGAUGUUGAGAUAAAAGGUAAAAUUUGUUUACAUUCUAUAAGGAUUUAUGUGGAGUUGUUUAGAUCAUUGAUAUUUGAUCAUAUAUAUAUAAAUGGAAACAUGUGGUUUGGAAUGA